AUGAAUGACCAGAGGCAUAGAGACCUCCCUAGGACGCCUCAAUACGUCCAUUAUACACCCUUGAAUGCACCUAGAGCAAGGGUGAUGGAAGAAGCGCUAAGGGCCGAUUUGUUAACUUUAACUCAAUCGCCUACUCCCAAGGGAGCUGAUGGACGGAAGCAUUGUCAAUAUCAUCAGAACUUGGGACACACUACAGAGGAUUGUAUAACCUUGAAGGAUAAGUUAGAAAGUUUGAUACAGGCAGGACAUUUACGAGGGUAUGUGCAGGGCAAGAGACCAAGCCCUAUAGGAUGUUUCGGGCGUCCAUCCAAAAGGAGUAACCACUUCAAGAGAGACGAUCGGCAAAAGAAGGAUCGGAGGAGUCGGAGUAGGAGCAGAGAACAACCCUUGAGAGGCGUUAUUAACACUAUUUCAGGAGGAUUUGCUGGUGGCGGACCUUCGACAUCGACACGAAAACGACACUUGAGAAGUCUGCACAGCGUUAAUCCUGUAGAGAUGGUGAGAAGGUCAAUGCCGAGCAUUACGUUUUCAAAUGAAGAUUUUCAUGCUCCUGACCCUAAUCAAAACGACCCUAUGGUCAUAACGGCGGUAAUUUCCCGAUACAAUGUGGGAAAGGUCCUAGUGGACCAGGGAAGUUCGACCAACAUUUUAUAUUGGAAGAAUUUUCAGCAGAUGGAUAUAUCGGAGGAUAUGAUCAUGCUGUUUCACGAACAAAUUUUAGGAUUCGCGGGGGAAAGAGUAGACACGAGGGGUUACGUCGACCUAAGAAUGUGCUUAGGGACGAAGAAAGAUGCUAAGGAGUUGAAGAUCAGGUUUCUACUGGUGGAAGCCAAUACCUCAUACAAUGUUUUGCUCGGUUGUCCGUGUUUGAAUGCUUUCGGGGCCAUUGUUUCCACUCCCCAUUUGACGUUAAAAUAUCCAUCUGACAGUGGAAAAAUCUGGGUUGUUCGAGCAGAUCAGAAGGUGGCUAGGGAGUGUUAUGUCGCGGGGUUAAGGAUAAAACCCUGGAUUUCGACUAAGAAGGUUAAGCGUUCGGAGGUGGCCAUGGUAGAACUGGAUCCUAGAGUUAAUACAGAAGACCGAAUGGAGCCGUUGGGAAAGGUACAACCUUUCAUACUAGGGACGACAGAAGAGCAGAAUACUACCAUUGGCCGAAGCCUUACAGAGGCCCAGAGCCGAGCGAUUGGUUGA